AUGAGGUCUGACGGUCCCGUACCUCGGAAGCGAGUUCGUUCAGGGAGUAGUUCCCAUGUAUCGGAAUCAUCGCAUGAGCUAAAUUCGAUUCCUCCUCCUGCAGCUCCACCUCAGGAUCCAUCUACUCGAUAUGAGCCCGGUGUCAUGCCAGUUGCGACAUUGGUUCGACAACCUGGUCGAGAUCAUCUCAAGGUGCUCCAUUCCCAACCACGAGGAUAUACUACGUGGUUCAACAAGUCACACGACGGCAUUACCGCCUGUAUUAAUGCAAUGAUGUAUUCCAUGCUCCGCAAAGGAUACAAGACCUACAGUGUGAUGCCUUUAGAAGAAAAGGAGAUAUGGUUCCGUAAUUUUGCGCAACAAUUCAAUUGGGAGUCUGGGCAUACCGAAACUGUUCGUCUGGCCUUCCACGAGAAAGUCGCGGAGUCCUAUACGAACCAGAUCUAUGAGUGGAAGCAACUAUGGCUCAAGGGCAAGAUACCGAAGAAUAUCAACACCAAAGUUUGGGAGGACUUGCAGGUGCAUUGGGGGAAGCAGGAGACUAAGGAAAAGUCCGCCAAAAACGCAGCCAACCGCAACAGUGAUCGUGGCGGGAAAGGUGUUUUUGUCCACAACCUCGGGGCUUGCAGUAUGUCUUCUUUGGAGGACCAGCUUGUCGAAGCAAAUGGCGGUAAUCCCGUUGAUCAUGUUGAUGUCAUGAGGGAAGCAUAUACUAACAAGAAGACAUGCGAAAUUCAGGAUUCCCUCAUCAGAGAUGUCAUAGAUUUGGUGCAAACCAAAAAAGCAGAACUCCUAGCUUCUCAGCCGAUGAACUCUGAUGACGAUUCUACGGCAGCUUCCACCAACUUUUGCCGACUUCAAAUCAACGAAAUGGUGGAACAUACGGUUCAAAAGAAGAAAGGACGUUUGGUCGGUUUGGCUCGUCGUGCGUCUUCGUGUCCUUCUUCUUCACAAACUCCCUACACAGAUCCCAUGAUCAUGGAACACCUGCAGAACAAGGAUGAGCGGAUUGAAGCGUUAGAGACGCAAAACGCUACAAUUCUUGCGGAAUUGGCGGAUCAGAAGAAGACCAACAACGAGAUCAUUGACAAGAUGAAGCGUUUGUUCCGAGAUGAAUUCCAAUGA